AUCAAAGCAUGAGUUCUUGAUACUAACUUAUGUUGAAUGGCAGAUUAUUAUUUUGGAUUAUACCACAUUAUUUGUAAUUUAUUUGAUAAAUGAUCGAUUAACAGAAAAAAAUAAUGUAAUAGAACAUUAUUAAAAUACAGUACCUAAGUACAGUACCGUAUCUAAUCGAAUUUUAAAACUCAGAACUUUAAUAAUGUAAAUAGAAUAGACUAUUCGUGAUAGCGAAAUUUAAAAACCUAAAGGUAGUAAUAUGAUGAGUAUGGAAAAAUCCAACUUCAUUUUCAUAUAAAAUUAUAUUGAUAUUUCUUUUAUCAAAAUAAAGAAGUUAACAUCACAAAUAAUCAGCCCUCUCCUUUUAAGUUUGAACUACGCGCCAUAGGCCCUCAGGUACCGGCACUUGUAUUUUUAAUAAAUUUGAGCUUCAAUCUAUUCCGACCACGGCAUUUGAAGAAUUCAACUAAAUUGAUGAAAGUUGUUUUUCAAUCUUCAAAAAUAGCUUGAAGCUAGCAGAAAUAUUAUUAUUUUCCAAUUAAUGUUUCAUUUGUCGAAGUCACGUACAGCCUGUAGAGUCGUGUAUGGAGGGGGUAAACUUAUCAGAAGCUGCAAACUUUCAACACAGUGGACCGUUUUAUCAUAAGUUUUUCGUAAUAUUCUUAUCAUUUUAAUGAGAUAAGGUUUUCACAAACAGUUGAGUAAUUCUAUUUUUCAAGUGAUCCACUUUCAGCAAUAGAAUUGGAACUUUAACCUCGCAUUCAUCAGUGUAAAAACGUUGGCAGACCGCGUCGGUUUGUUUUCUCUGUAGUGCUAUGGCGUCUUCUUCAGUUAAUUCUGUGGCUAAAGUGCUAUUUUCUCAAAGUUUAUUGAGAAAUAAUCAUGUUGUUCCUGUAUUUGUAUCAUGCAAACGAAACUACUCACAAUCUGGAAGGAUUGUCGUUGACAAACCAGUCGUUGAAAUGGAUGGAGAUGAGAUGACUAGAAUAAUAUGGAAAAAUAUCAAGGAAAAUUUAAUUUUUCCAUUUGUAAAGGUAGAUUGCAAGUACUACGACCUGGGACUUCCCUACCGCGAUCAGACGGACGACCAGGUGACAAUUGAUGCGGCCGAAGCUAUCAAGAAGUACAAUGUGGGCAUCAAGUGCGCCACCAUCACUCCGGACGAGGCCAGGGUCAAAGAAUUCAACCUGAAAAAGAUGUGGCUAUCGCCGAACGGCACGAUCCGUAACAUCCUUGGAGGGACAGUGUUCAGGGAGCCGAUACUGUGCAAGACAAUUCCCCGCGUUGUACCCGGAUGGACGCAGGCCAUCAUCAUAGGACGUCAUGCAUUCGGAGACCAGUACAAGGCCACUGACUAUAUAGUCAACAAACCUGGCAAGUUGGAGCUAGUAUUCACAGGCAAGGAUGGUAUUGUUGAAAGGAUGCAGGUUUAUGACUUCAAGAGCCCAGGAGUCACUCUUGGCAUGUACAACACCGACGAAUCAAUUGAAGCCUUCGCGCACUCCAGUUUCCAAGUUGCAAUGAACAAGAAGUGGCCGUUGUAUCUUUCGACAAAAAAUACAAUUUUAAAGAAGUAUGAUGGAAGGUUCAAGGAUAUUUUCCAGGAUGUAUAUGAGGCAAACUACAAAGAUCAGUUUGAGAAGCUGGGCAUCUGGUACGAGCACAGAUUGAUUGAUGACAUGGUCGCUCAGUGUAUCAAGUCGAGCGGAGGAUUUGUUUGGUCCUGCAAAAACUAUGACGGUGAUGUCCAAUCUGACAUCGUGGCUCAAGGAUUUGGAUCUCUGGGUUUGAUGACGUCAGUGCUGAUGUGUCCCGAUGGUAAAACAAUUGAGUCAGAAGCUGCUCAUGGUACAGUCACUCGUCAUUACAGGCAAUAUCAGAAUGGACAGCCAACCUCUACGAAUCCGAUUGCUUCCAUCUACGCAUGGACCUUGGGAUUCAAACACAGGGCCAAGCUAGACAACAAUAAGGCUUUGGAAAAGUUUGCUGUCGCUCUGGAAGAAUCUUGCGUCGAAUGUGUUGACUCAGGAAAGAUGACCAAAGAUUUGGCGGCCUGUAUCCAUGGUUUGAAAAAUGUGAAACCUGACAUGUACCUGAACACCGACGAUUACAUAGCUGCUGUACGGGAGCAGCUUGUCAAAAAACUGAAAUUAUAAGAAACAAACUUUGAAAAAAUUGAGUUUUCAAAGAUACGCGCACAAGAAACUGGAAAUGUAAGAAUUAAACUUUGAAAAUAUGUGUUUUCAAAAAUAUUAAGUCAUUCAAAAGACUGGGAGAGUGAGAAUUUAACUUUGAAGUAUAAGGCUCAACUCACACGCGAAUCAGGUCGAAAAGAGACUCGACUCUAGUCGAGAGCAUGUAUUUCCAAAUGGUGACACUCAGACCAGUCGAUUCUAGUCUCCGCGACGUCACCAUUUGAAAACACAUGCUCUCGACUAGAAUCGAGUCUCUUCUCGACCUGAUUCACAUAAGUGUGAAUUGAGCCUUAGUUAUAAAAGUUGAAUAGCUGUAGAAUCAAACUUUGAAAAAUUAAGUUUCCACAAGUCAUUCAAAAGACUGGGAUAAUUAGAAACUAACCUUAAAAAUUUAACUUCUCAAAGAUGAACCGCUCUAGAAACGUUUGGGAAUUUUGAGAGAUAAAUUAAGUUCUCAAAGAUUUUAUAAUUGAACUUUUCAAUGAUAAAACGCUCUACAAACUCCAAUUUUGAGAAAUAGUCUUGAAAACUGAAGUUUUCAAGGAUUUAAUACUGUAGAUUUUCAUCAUAAUAAAAUAAUAUGAACUUUUACAACAAGUUUGUCUAUAAGAAGAUUUGCAGCUAGUCUCUGUGUAACAAUAAUUUGACUAUAACGAGAUGGUACAAUAUGACUGCUAUUUUUAUGAAGAUUAUAUAUUUUAUUUCUGUUUUUUCAAGAUUUUUUCUGGUUAUCCAUAAUUUAAUUUUAUUAAGAUUAUAUUCAUAAAUUGUCAUAUAUUGUAGUUAUUGUUAUGAAGUUUUUAUUUUUAUCAAGUUAGUUUAUUUUUUAAUAGAUUUAUUUAUAAAUAUCAUAGUAACCCAUCUUGAUAAUAAAUCAUUCAUCUCUCAUCAUCCAUCUUCCAUCAUCAUCAUCUUCACCAUUAUCCAGACACAGCAAGAGAAAUUCGAGAAAUCUAGUUCUAAGUCAUCUGAGAAAUCAUUAUCAGCGAGAUAAAACACAUUUUAAAAAGUUAUAUUAGAUUGGAAUUUACUGAUUUCAAACAUUUUUAGUGAGUAUUUAUUGAUUACAAGAUUGAAAUAAAAUUUAUUUUCUAUAAAUUGAAUGUUAUAGUAGUCGAAUUCUAAAGUAAUCAAUUUUUUUGUUAGUAAUUGAGUGGAUGACAAGACUGAGAUUUCUGUAGCUAAAAAAUGUGAUAUUGAAAAACAAAUUUUCUCUCCUUGAGAAAUAUUUUUUAUUAUUUAAUCACUAUUAUCAUUAGUAGAGCAUGGCUGAUAUAGGCGCACACAAAUACAUAUUCAAAGAAAAAUCUUGUCAUCAAACCGUUGUCAGGUUGAUACAAUACUGUAAAUACAUUAAAUUUUUAUAUAAAUCUAAUUGAUGAUUUUCUACCAAUAUAAUCUUUAAUUUGAUUGAUUAGUUGAUGAUGCUAUGAAAUUACCCAGUUUUAUCUCCAUAUCUUGAAAAUAUUGUGUAUGAAAUCUAUGACAAGAUAAUAAUAUUGUCAAUUUUAUCAAACAAUUCUAUUAUUCUACACUUCAAAAUUUCAUCUAAUUUCGUAUUUUUUAUUUUUCUUCAAAUUUCACUUCUCCAUUCUAAAGAUUCAUCCUCAUGGUUAGUUUCAUUCUUAAUUUAUUUAUCAAUUUCUAAUUUAUUAAUAAUUUAUUCUCACUCAGAUUAAAACCUUGAUACCUGAAGUUUUAUUCAUUGAAAUACAGUAUAUAUCAUCACUUUAUUUCCGGCAAUUUCAUUUUUAUAUAACUUAUUUCUUCAUAAUAAAGAAUUUUAAUUUAUUACUUUUAAUCUUCAAUUCUUUGCUUUGCAAAUUUUCAGGAACAAUAAAAAGAUUUGCUUUUGGUUCAGUAUUAAAAAAAGAAAUAUUUCUCCCUGUUACAACGUUCAAUUUAUCAGGUAUUUCUUUUUCAAGAUUUUUCAAGAUAUGGUUUGUGUUCUUCAUCACAGAUGGAUUAACGCUCAUGAACAUUCAUUUUAGUCUAAUCUACUCGUAGAUUUCAAUGUUAGAUUUCAACAUUAUUAGAGAUAGUUUCAAAUUCUUAUUAUUAGAAAAUUUGUUAGUUGCAUGAUGUAGUUUAGUGUCUAGAAGUAUGUGUCUGAGUAUGAUAUUCAAAUUUUUAUUUUUUGUUGUAAUUGUCAGAUUUUUUCAAAUUCAUUAUCUUUUAAUUUACUAAUAAUUAAUCUUAUUUCUCUAUCUACACCAAAUACUAUCAGAGAAUAUUAUUUCUAAAUCCAUCUCAAACCAACUAAAAUUCCCUCUUCAAGUUCUUUCUUUAUUUUCCUCAAAAAUUAUUUUUUUAAAUAAAAUUAGAAAUAAUUUAUCCUACAAUUUUAUCUUUUUCAAUGUUUAACUACUUAUUCAAAAAUUUAUUUAUUUGUAGUGAAUAUCAAUGUAGUAAAAUUUUAUGUCGUAUUUUCUCGUUUUCAAAAUUAUAUAUUUUCUUUAUCAUUUCUGUCUCACUUUAUUUUCUUUCUUAUUUCCUCUUCUAUUUCUAUCCCAUCUUUCACCAUUCCACUUUUAAUUCCAUCUAUAUUUAUAAGUUAUAUCUCCUGAACCUCUUAUAUUUAUCAUUAUUUCAUGUUAUUUUUGUAUUCUCAUAUUUUAUAUGUAGUGGGUUAGUGAAAUAACGGUAUAUUAUAGUAGACUACUCAUAAAUAUAUGUUCAUUGAACUUUAGAUCAGUGUGUAGCUAUCAUUGAAAUAUAUUAUAUAUUAGCUAUAUAGCUUUAUUCUCUCUAAUAUCCUUAUCAUAAGACUGAAUUAUGUGCCAUUAUAUGAUAGAUAUUGAAAUACGGUACUCAUUAUUUUAAUAUAAUAUGGAUUCAGUAAGA